AUGGCAGUGAGCGCCCAAUACCGGCCCAAGUACCCGAGCCCGUACCUACAGAAGGAGAUCUUCGUCUUAAAUCUCGAGGACGGCUUCUUCGGCUGCCAAGUGAACGAAUCCACGGAGGUGCUGCAACUGUUCGAGCUAUCGCAGCUCUGCGAUGGCGUUCCCCAGUGCUUCCAGGGAUCCGACGAACUGGCCAGGGAUCUCAAGUGCACGGACAGAAACCACUGCCACCCGAAGAUGCCCCGGUGCGGCAACGGCGCCUGCCUGGACAACCUGUGCUACUGCAACGACGGCUACGGGGGCAAAGGAUGCGAGAUGCCCGACGAGAACGAGUGCAAGUACCGACCGUGCGACGUGUUCGCCCACUGCACGAACACCAUGGGCAGCUUCUACUGCUCCUGCUUCCCGGGCUACGAGGGCGACGGCUUCGACUGCCACGACAUCAACGAGUGCGAGAUUCCCGCCCUGGCUGCGCUAUGCGUGGAGAACGCCGAGUGCUGCAACCUGCCCGGACACUAUGUCUGCAAGUGCAAACAGGGCUUCACGGGGAACGCCACGGUCGCCUGCAACGAUGUGGACGAGUGCCAGGAUCCCCACGCGUGUGGAGUCAACGCCGAGUGCCAGAACACGCCGGGCAGCUACUCCUGCUUCUGCCCUGCCGGGUACACGGGGGACCCCACGGCAGAGUGCCACGACCUGGACGAGUGUCGGAACGACCCGUGCGGCGCCAACUCGGUGUGCCACAACACUCCGGGCGGCUACCACUGCGAGUGCCAGUCAGGCUACCGAACGCUUCCGGGACGCAAGCACGAGGGCUGCGUCGACGUCGACGAGUGUCUGGACGCUCACUUCCCGUGCGGUGCGCGGGCCACCUGCGUCAACGCCCCGGGAAGCUUCUACUGCCAGUGUCCGCCGGGAUUCACCGGCAACCCCAAACUCGCCUGCCAAGACAUCAACGAGUGCCCGCAUGCCUGCGGAGCCAACACGGACUGCACGAACACGGAAGGAAGCUACUUCUGCCGAUGCAAGCUGGGCUACAUCGGCGAAGCGCACCUGUCCGCCGGCUGUCACGACCUGGACGAGUGCUCAAGACCCACCGCCUGUGGGCUGAACGCCCUCUGUCUCAAUGACGUGGGUUCGUACCACUGUGGCUGCAAGGAAGGCUACUCCGGUGACCCAAGGAUUCAAUGUCUUGACGUCGACGAGUGCUCACAGAAUCCUUGUGCCAUCGGAAGCAUAUGUUACAACAGUCCAGGAAGCUACCGAUGCGAGUGUCCCAAAGGGUAUACUGGAAACGCCUACCAGUCCUGCGAAAGAGACAUCGUCGGGGUGGAGUGCACCACUCACCACGACUGUACAGCCAACGCGGAGUGCAUCAACAACUUCUGCCAGUGCAGGAAAGGAUACCAGGUGUCGCCGAACCAGAAGGAGUGUGUCGAUCGAAACGAAUGUCUUUCCCGGGGCACGUGUGGCCGGAACGCCGGCUGCGUCAACACCGAGGGCAGUUUCCUCUGCCAGUGCAAACCGGGCUACGAAAAAAUCCAUCCGUCUCCGCAGAGCAGAUGCAGAGACGUCAACGAAUGUGUGGUGGGUCCUUCUCCGUGCGGCACCAACGCCAAGUGCGUCAAUAACGACGGGUCCUAUCGCUGUUUCUGCCCGGACCACCUCAUUGGAAACCCCAAGGAAGCCUGCGUGUCCCCCUGCGACACCGUGGAGUGCGGUCGACACGCCACCUGUCAGGCCAACGGCAAGGAGGCGGCCUGUGUGUGCGACGUGGGCUUCACCUUCAAUCCAGCCAACAUUCGCGCCGGCUGCAUCGAUGUGGACGAGUGCGACGUGAACCACGGCCCGUCGGGCCUUUGCGGCCAAGGGGCCAUCUGCUCCAACACGCCGGGCAGCUACCGCUGCUCGUGCCCGCCCGGGUUCACGGGCGACCCGUUCCGCUUCUGCGAAGACGUGAACGAGUGCGAGCGACUGCUGGGACCCAGCGGCCUCUGCGGUCAGGGAGCGCUCUGUGCCAACACCCUGGGCAGCUUCUCUUGUUCCUGCCCACCGGGAUACUCGGGCAACGGAAGGGUCCGGUGCCACGAUAUCAACGAGUGUGCGCAGACAUUCGGCCCCAACGGAAAGUGCGGCAUCUCCGCCGUGUGCACCAACACUCCGGGGAGUUACCACUGCAGGUGCCCCACCGGCACGUCGGGAGACCCCACGGUUCGAUGUGUUCAAGUCGUCCAGUGCGACAAGGACGAUGCGUGCCCCGGCCACGCCGUCUGCAGAAACCACCAGUGCUACUGUCCGACGCCCAACUUCGGAAACGAUUGCAGGCAUCCGUGCGAAGACAUAUUCUGUGGUGCCCAGGCCAAGUGCCAGCUUGAUCACACUGGACAGCCCAUCUGUGUCUGCUCCCACGGAUUUACGGGCCAGAGCAACAGUCUACCUGGUUGUGUUGACAUUGACGAGUGCUCGGCCAACCAGCCUUGUGGACACGGAGCCCUCUGCCGAAACUUGCCUGGCAAGUUCGAGUGCGUGUGUCCUCAUGGCUUCGAAGGGGAUCCCUACAGAGGAUGCCUCGCCAAAGAACAACAAGUCAUCCACGGCUGCUCGUCUGCAAGGCCGUGCCCACCACACGAGGAGUGCAUCUCUGUGGACGGACGCAGUCAGUGUGUCUGCAAGCGGGGAUUCACAUACGACACCUCGAUCGCUCGAUGCAGAGACAUCAACGAGUGCUCUGAGUACAAGAGCAGCUCGCCGUGUGGCUUGAGUGCAUUCUGCAUGAACCUGGAGGGCAGCUACCUGUGCCAGUGCCCCCACGGGCACGUGGGCGACCCCUACAUCGUCUGCUACCCGGAAGAGAUCGAGUGCCAGCGGGACCAACAGUGCCCCGGCAACACGGUGUGCCUCAAGGACCGUUACCAGAAGGGCGUCUGCGGCUGCAAGCACCCCUUCGUGCGCGAGGGAGAGUACUGCGUCCUGGUCAGUCGGAACUGCUCUACAACAAAUCCGUGCCCAGAAAAUCAAGAAUGCAUCUUCACGGGUCCGGGCUACGGCUUCUGCAUCUGUCCCAAGGGAUUUACGCUCGAAGCGACUGGCUUCUGUCGAAACAUCAACGAAUGCGAAGAGAUCAGCGAAUGGUCACCGUGUGGAGCAAACUCUGAGUGUCGCGACUUGAAGGGGGCCUACCAGUGCCUGUGCGCCCCUGGUUACACGGGAAACCCUCGUCAGGGAUGUUCCCCUAUUCGAAUUCGGUGUCGUGGAGACUCAGACUGCCCCACCAACGAAAAGUGUGCUCAAGGACAGUGCCAGUGCCAGCCUCCUUACAUCCUCGAAGGAGAGACGUGCAAAGACCCUUGCGCCUGGAUCCAGUGUGGCCAGUAUGCCACGUGUGCCAUCACCCCGUCGGGUCCGCAGUGCCAGUGCAAUCCUGGGUGCACGGGAAAUCCGCAGACGGGCUGUUGGGAUGUCAACGAGUGCACGUCCAACCUGCCCAUCGACCCCAACGGACCUUGCGGCGUGGGCGCAAUUUGCAUCAACGUCGUUGGAGGCUUUCAGUGCGAAUGCCCUCCUGCGACAACCGGAGAUCCCUUCACCACAGGAUGCCAAGGUUCGGUGGGCUGCAGGAUGGACGAGCAGUGUCCUCGGAAUGCCGUGUGCGAAGCAAAGGGUGGAACCUGUUUCGAUCCUUGCGUCACAUCCGAGUGUGGGCCAAACGCCUACUGCACGCCUCAGGACCACAAACCAACCUGUGCCUGUCGACCCGGGUACGAGGGUGACCCGUAUGAUCUCGAAGCGGGGUGCCGUUCGCCUUGUACCAAGGUCUGGUGCGGCGUCAACGCACACUGCAUCGUCAACUCGUACAAUGAAGGCGUCUGCAAGUGCUUCGAAGGGUUUCGAGGAAACCCCUGGGAGGGAGGAGAGUGUGCUCCAGACUUGCGGUGCUCCGACUCGAGGCCUUGUCCUAAGGGGCAAGAAUGUUCUGACGGCUUCUGCAUAGACAAAUGUGAGAACGUGCGGUGUGGAGUCGGUGCACGCUGCGAUCAGCAGACUGGGAGCUGCGUCUGCCUGCCUUACUUUCUCGGAAACUCCGAAGUUAUGUGUGUUCCACCCGUCCUUCCGCCAGUUUGUAUUCCGGGCUGCGGUACCGGUGCUCACUGCACGUAUUCCGUUCCCAACAAGUGUGUCUGCAAUCCUGGCCUCUAUGGAAACCCAUACUCGGCUUGCACCCAAGAGCAGGCGCACUGCUCGGCCUCAAGUUGUGGCACCAACGCGCAGUGCCUUGGAACCGGAGACAGGCUGGACUGCCGAUGUCCAGCUGGUCUUCAGGGAAAUCCCUUCACUCAUUGCAAUGACAUCAAUGAAUGCCUGGGAAGUGGCAGUGUUUGCGGCACUGACGCUAGCUGCAUCAACACAUUUGGCAGCUUCAGGUGCAUCUGUCCUCAAGGAAUGACCGGAAAUCCCCUGUUUGCCUGCACGCCGCAGGGUCCGGGCGGCGUGAUUCCUGGAGGCGGCGGAGACGUGCCCGCUCCCCCCGUGGGUCCCGUGGGACCCCCCGGAGGGGGUGCGGUGCCGGAGCCUCCGGGAGGAGGGGCGUCUCCCACCACCUUCGCCCCGCCCCCGCACGACGGCCUGUGUGAGACAAACCGCGACUGCGGCCACGGAGGCGCCUGCGUGCCCGGCGUCAACAACCACCGACACUGCAUCCGCCCGUGCGAGGACCGUGUCUGCGGGCCACACGCCGAGUGCUUUGUGGAGAACAGCUUCGGCGUCUGCCAGUGUCUGCAAGGAUUCCAGGGUGACCCGGGCAACUUGGAAGUGGGCUGCACCCCACCCAGAAGUGCCGCAGCCUGUGAAACAGACGAUGUGUGCGGAUCUAAUGCGGCUUGUGUUGUCAACCAAGAGAAUGUCCGCGAGUGCCAAGAUGUCUGCCUGAACACUCAGUGUGGGCCUAACGCGGUCUGCCGUGCCCUUCGUCACAAGGCAAACUGUGUGUGCAGAGACCACUUCGUUGGAGAUCCCAACGACCUGAUUCGGGGGUGCUCAACCAAACCCCAACACGAGUGUCUGGAGAACCACGACUGCAGGGAAAACUUUGAGUGCAAGCUGGGCACCAAGGGCGUCAAGCAGUGCCGCGACGUGUGUGAGGACAAGACGUGCGGCAAGAACGCAAACUGCCUGGGGGAGCACCACAAGGCCAUCUGCGAGUGCCUGCCUGGCUACGUCUACGACGGGACGGGCUGCCAGGUGCCAGACGACUGCGCCGUGGACGAGGACUGCUUGGAACACGAGUCCUGCCGCCACCAGUCCGGAGGGAACAAGUGCGUGGACGUCUGCCUGCGGCACACAUGCGGCCCCAACGCCCGCUGCCUCGGCCAGAGGCACCUGCCGACGUGCGUCUGCCGCGACUCCUUCCUCGGAAACCCCAACGACCGAGUCAGGGGCUGCCAGCCACUCCUCGACGAGUGCUUCCACGAUGCAGACUGCCCGGAGAGCGACCGCUGCCUCCCCAAUGCGCGCGGGAUCAAGAACUGCACGCGGACUUGCAGCAAGACUCGGUGCGGGCCCAAUGCGCAUUGCGUAGGCCGGGUGCAUAAGCCCAUCUGCGAGUGCCGAGAGGGAUACAACGGCAACCCCGGCGACUUCACCCGUGGCUGCACGCCCAUCCCGCUCGACAGGUGCCACAGCAAUAUCGACUGCAAGGGCUACGAGGUGUGCAAGCUGACGCAGGUGGGCAUCAAGGACUGCAUCGAGCUCUGCCUGAACUACGAGUGCGGGCCCAAUGCCAACUGCAUCGCUAUGGACCACCUGGCGGCCUGCGAGUGUCUGCCCGGGUUUGCGGGCAACCCACAUGACCUCAGGAGGGGCUGCAUGAGGCACCUGUGCGAGCACGACAAUGACUGCCCCGACUCCGCCGUCUGCCUGCUGACGAGAAACGGCGUCAAGAACUGCACGGAUCCCUGCUGGGAUCGACGUUGCGGGCCAAACGCGGACUGCAUCACGACCAACCACAGGGCUUCAUGCGAGUGCAGGAUCGGGUUCGAAGGCAUCCCCGACGACAUUCGAGAGGGCUGCACGCCUAUUCCGAAGUGCCGGAGCAACAGCGACUGCAGGGACGACGAGGUGUGCGGCGUCGAUCACAACGGGAUCCGAAGUUGUCUUGUUGGUUGCACAACCACGCUUUGCGGACAAAAUACCAUCUGUCGAACAGAGAACCACAUCUCCGAGUGCCGUUGUCGAGAGUCUUUUGUGGGUGACCCAUACAACCGGGCGACCGGGUGUCAGAUCCAGCCGGAACGCUGCCACAGAGACAACGACUGCCCCUCCAUCGCAGUGUGCAAGAGGUCUUUCGACGGCAAGAACGACUGCCACGACGCCUGCGAGGGCCACAACUGCGCGCAGGGGGCCGUCUGCCAGGCUGUGAACCACAGGCCGACGUGCAGCUGCAAACCAGGUCUCGUGGGAGACCCACUAAUCAGGGGGUGCCACAUACCAGACGAGUGCCAGGUUGACGUGGACUGCAGAGAAGACCUCAUCUGUCGCCCCGACACCACCGGGCUCAGGAAGUGCGUGCCCGUCUGCGUGUACGAGAAGUGUGCACCCAACGCCUUUUGUGUCGGCAUCCACCACAAGGCGCAAUGCAGCUGCCCGCCCAGCACUCAGGGCGAUCCCUAUAACCCUCACAUCGCCUGCUUCCCUACCCAGCCGGUCGCCGAAGGCUGCACUUCCGACGACGAGUGCGCAUCGCACGAAAUCUGCGUUCAGGGAAGAAAAUGCGUCGACGCGUGCGAGAAGAAGCAGUGCGGUCCAAACGCCGUCUGCCGUGCGUUCAAUCAUCGUGCCAGCUGCCACUGCCUGCAAGACUUCAAGGGAGACCCAGACAACCCGAUCAACGGUUGCCGGCCCAAGGAUGAGUGCCAGGUGGAUGACGACUGUAAGAGGAUUACCGACGUCUGCCGCACGGACAACACGGGCAGCAAGAGGUGCUUUGACGCCUGCCAGUUCAACAAGUGCGGACCCAACAGCAACUGUGUCCCGAGGCAGCACGCGUACGAGUGCCAGUGUCGGCACGGCUUCAUCAGGGAUCGGGAGAAUGUGCUCGGCUGUGUUGAGCGCGAGCGCGACGAAUGCUCCAAUCACACAGGCUGCCCCACCACGUCCGCCUGCAUUCCCAACACCAUCGGGGUGAUGAAGUGCGCCGAAGUCUGCAUCAGCUUCAGCUGCACUCCGGAUGCAAACUGCGUCGCAUUCAACCACAGGGGACGUUGCUCGUGCAGGGAGGGCUACACAGGCGACCCCAACAGCAGGGACGGGUGCCGCAAGGUCCCCGAGCCUGAGUGCAUCAACCACUCGGACUGCCCGCACCCCAACGAAGUGUGCCAGUUCGACGAGGCGUACGGGGAGCGCCGGUGCCAGGACGGCUGCAAGUUCCUCAAGUGCGCGCCCCGUGCGGUUUGUGUGGUGGACAACCACCUCCCGAAGUGCUCCUGUCCCAACGGCCUGUACAUCGGUGACCCCUACGACCAGCGGGAGGGCUGCAAGCAGGUGGAGUGCCUCAAGGACGAGGACUGCCACAUCACCAAGGCCUGCUUCCCCAACUUCUACUGCGAGGACCCGUGCGUGGAUGGCUGCGGCAUCAACGCGGCCUGUGUGGCCCAGAACCACCAGCGCAUCUGCCACUGCCGACCAGGCUACACGGGCGAUGCGCUCGUGCGCUGCGAGGAGAUCCACUACUGCGACUCGAACCCGUGUCACGCCUCGGCCCGCUGCAUCGACGUGCCAAGUGGCUAUGAGUGCAUCUGCCAGCACGGCUUCAUCGGCGACCCCUACCGCCAGGGCUGCCGCCACCCGAACUCGUGUCCCCACGGCAACGGGGACUGUCCGAGCCACCUGGCCUGCUACCCGGACAGGCUCGGACAGCCCAUGUGCCAGAACCCCUGCGACCACUUCAAGUGCGGCACCAACACCGUCUGCCGUGCCGAGGGCCAUGCGGCCACCUGCGAGUGCCAGCCCCACUUCCGCGGCGACCCGGCUCAGGGUUGCAGCCGCGAGUCGGUGGUCUGCCUAAGUGACCACGACUGCUCGUCCGGCUAUGCUUGCGUAGAUGAGCAAUGCCGCCUGGUGUGCACGCGGGAGAGCGACUGCGCCUCGGGCGAGAAGUGCAUCAACAGCCGCUGCGUCCACCCCUGCUACUCUCACACGGACUGCCCCCCGAAGGAGGCCUGCUUGAGUGCAGGCUACUGCCAGGUGGGCUGCCGGAAGAACACGGACUGCCAGCUGGAGGAGACCUGCUCGCAGAAUCGCUGCCAGAACCCCUGCGAGAUCAAGGGCCUGUGCGGGCCGAACGCCAUCUGCAAGGUCAGCAACCACGAGGCCAACUGCUUCUGCCCCGACACGCUAACGGGGAACCCGACGCCCAUCAUUGGCUGCAAGCGUCCUGUGGUCACCUGCACCGGUUCUUGUCCCAAGGGGCUCUCUUGCAUCGAGAACCGCUGUAGAGCCACUUGUAGUGGCUGCAUCAUUGGGGAGGCUUGCGUCAAGGAUUUCUGCAUGGCGGCCUGUUCCGAAGAUAGCGAGUGUCCCGCGGGAGAACUGUGCAUCCACGGCUACUGCCAGACCGGCUGCCGUUCAGACAGCGACUGCCAGGUGCACCAGGUCUGCUCGCUCAACCACUGCUCCUGCAAGCCGGGCUUCCACGACGUUGACCACAGCUGCGAAGAUGUCGACGAGUGCGUGAACAACCCGUGCCACUCGACGGGCAUCUGCGAGAACACCGUGGGUAGCUUCCUGUGCCGCUGCCCGGAGGGAUUCAUUGGGGACGGCUUCUCAGGGUGCACGAACCCUGGAGAGUGCCCCAGGGGGGACGUCGACUGUCCCCUGAACGCAGCCUGCGACCAGAACGGAGUCACCAAGUGCAUCAAUCCAUGCGAAGAACCUUGUGGCCCCAAUGCUGCCUGUACUGUUGUCAACCACAAGAGGCAGUGUGGAUGUCCGAAGAAUGCCCUCUAUACCGGUGACCCAUAUGACAAGAACAGGGGAUGCGUUCAGGUGGACUGCCUGCACGACACCGACUGCCCCCUUAACCAAGAGUGUGUCAAUUUUGUGUGUGAAAGUCCUUGCGACAGGGUACAAUGCGGACCCCAUGGCACGUGCACUGUGAAGAACCGCCAAGCGUUUUGUGAAUGCAAACUUGGCUAUGAAAACAACGGCAGGCUGAACUGUGUCGAUGUCGAUGAAUGCAAGCAACAUCCUUGUCACUACACUGCUCUUUGCGAGAACAACUUGGGAAGCUACAUCUGCAGGUGCCCAAGUAACUUGGUUGGAGAUGCCUAUGGAAAACAAGGAAUUAAUGGAUGUCAUGAUCCAAACAUCUGCUACAGUGGAAAUGCAGACUGUCCGCCAACCUCAGCCUGCAUUGACAUCAAUGGAACCCCCUACUGCAGAGACCUGUGCGAGGAUCCUACUACCUGCGGCAUUAAUGCCAACUGCAGCACGGUCAACCACAAAGCUGUGUGCGCUUGCAAGCCUGGUUAUACUGGCAAUCCCAAGAUCCGUUGCGAGCUUGUGGAGUGUACCCAUGAUGAGGAAUGUCGCAGCACUCACAUCUGCAUCAGGAACAAGUGUGUUGACUCUUGUCAGAGCAACGCAAAGUGUGGUGUGAACACAAUCUGCAUCUCCCAAGACCACCAAGCAAUCUGCAGGUGUAAAGACGGUUUUCGUGGAAAUCCUAGUACCGGCUGCAUCAAAAAUAUUCCUUGUUCAAGUGACAAUGGCUGUCCAGUCGGAGAGUUUUGCUACAAGGGCUUGUGCAGAGUUUACUGUCAAUCAAACAGGGAAUGUGGCAGUAAUGAAAUCUGUGAAGAUGGAAGAUGCAGAGAAAUCUGCCGUUCGAACAGCGACUGUCCUGACCAGUUCCGCUGUGUCACUGGAAACUGUGAACCACUCGACAGAUGCUUCACAAACUCUGAGUGUACCGAAAACCAAGUUUGCAAAUCCAGCGACAGAGGAUAUGACAGUUGUGGAGAUCCCUGCGAGAACAUUCUCUGUGGGAGAAAUGCCGUGUGCAUUUCAAACAAGCACAGUGCUGUUUGUCAGUGUCUUGAAGGUUACGUUGGCGAUCCGUUGGACCAAAGGGUGGGCUGCAUCAAAGCUGACUGCUUCAAGCACGAAGACUGUCGUUCCAACAGAAUCUGCAACGAGCAUAAAUGUGUUGAUCCCUGCAUAAUGCGUCGGGGCUGCGGGGCCAACGCCGUCUGCGAAGCCAAGAACCACGCGGCCAUCUGCCGCUGCCGAGACGGUUACGAGGGGGACCCUGUGAGCGGCUGCCAGCUCAUCGACUACUGCAUCAAGCAGAACCCCUGCCACAACUCCGCUAUCUGCCGCAACAAGUUUGGAGGCGCCACCUGCGAGUGUCCUCCUGAGAAGCACAUCGGGAACCCCAACGGCCCCCCGGGAUGUCGUCAUCCAAACGAAUGUCCCAACGGAGACUCGGACUGUCCCCCAACUGCGGCGUGCCUAUCCGACCACAACAGCACCCCCAUGUGCAAGAGUCCCUGCAGCCUUCCCGACACCUGUGGUCCCGACGCCAUUUGUCGGGUGGAGAACCAUCGACCAAACUGUUUCUGCCCACAUGGUUUCACGGGACAGCCUUACAACAACCUCCAAGGAUGCGUGCGCAUUCCACCCUUCUGCGAUGACGAUCGAGCUUGCCCUGCGCCAAUGGUCUGCGAGAAGCGACGUUGCAGGCCUCCCUGUGCCACGCGAGACGAGUGUGCUGCUCGUGAGCUCUGCGUGGAAGGCCACUGCAUCCAAGGCUGCUUGCAGGACAAAGACUGCCUCGAAAAAGAGAUCUGCUUGGACAGGAAUUGCAUCGUCGGCUGCCGUAAAGACGAAGACUGCCGUUAUAAUGAAGCUUGUGUCCUGAACAGCUGCAAAAAUCCCUGCGACAGUCCCACAGCAUGUGGUACUAAUGCAGAGUGUCAGGUGAUCAGUCACAGGACUGAAUGUCUUUGCCCCCACGGGUUCUCCGGAAAUCCACACACCUCCUGCCAAAGGGUUACAUCGUCGUGCCGAACUACAUCAGAUUGUGGAGGCUACAACUAUGCCUGCAUUGAGACAAGAUGCAGAGUGGAGUGUUCUACCGACGGUGACUGCGCAUAUGGAGAGCGUUGCUUCAACCAGAACUGCUAUGCGCUCUGUCGAACGGAUAAUGAGUGUCAUGAUGGAGAGGUAUGCAUCUCAAAUAAAUGUCAAGUUGGAUGCCGGACCAAUGAACAGUGCUUGGACCAUCUUGCCUGCGUCAGCAAUCAGUGCAGAGAUCCCUGCGAAGGUAGCGCCACCUGUGGUCCAAAUGCCGAGUGCAAGGUGGUGAACCAUCGCGUGGUGUGUUCCUGCCCGGCGACCUUCGUGGGACGCCCUCACGCCAACGUCGCGUGCGUUCGCAAGCCCGUACGCUGCACCCAGAACAACGAGUGCAUCCCCGGACACAUCUGCUACCUGGGCUACUGCAGAGUGAGCUGCAGCAGCAACCAAGACUGUGCGCUGAAUGAGCGCUGCGUGGAGAGCAGGUGCCACGUGCAGUGCCACAGGGACCGUGAAUGCUUCGACUGGGAGAUCUGCGAGCACAACUUCUGCAAGGUUGGCUGCCGUGCCGACACGGACUGUCCGGCCGACCAAUCAUGCAUCAAGAACCAUUGCCUCGACCCCUGUGCGAGCCCCACUGCCUGUGGAACCAAUGCCAUCUGUUCAGUGCGCAACCACAGGGAAAUUUGCACGUGUCCUCCAGGACUCAUUGGAGAUGCACACUUGGAAUGUGUUAGAGAAUCAAAGGAUUGCCAUGCAAAUGACGAGUGUGGCCUCGGAGGCCACUGCGAAGCCACCAUUUGCAGAGUUGCAUGUAGUAGUGACAAUGAAUGCUACAACAACGAGCGGUGCGUCGAGGAGAGGUGUAGCUUGAUUUGUACCACGGAUGCUCUCUGCCCAAGAAAUCACAUCUGCGAGAGAGGACUGUGUCUGCCGGGUUGCCGGUCAGACCUUGACUGUCCCUCUACUGACACCUGCAUCAACCGUCAGUGUAUCAACCCGUGUGCCAGCCCGACCGCCUGCGGACCCAACGCCCAGUGCCAGCCGGUGAACCACCGCGCCUACUGCUCGUGCCGCUCCGGCUACACGGGAGACCCCCACGUGGAGUGCUCCAAGGUGGAGUGCGUCAUAGACUCGGACUGCGGGGUGGGAAAGAUCUGCCAGAACUACCGGUGCAUAGAGGGAUGUCGCUCGGACGCCAGCUGCCCAGACGACAAGUCGUGCAUCAGUCGUCAGUGCCAGAACCCUUGUCAGUUUGUUGGGGCCUGCGGCCUGAACGCCGACUGCAAAACGCUCGACCACCGGCUGACCUGCACGUGUCCACCACAGACAUUGGGUGACCCUUACUCCGAGUGCCUCAGGGAUCCUGAUAUCUGCAGCAGGGAACUUGACUGCGGUUCUGAAAGGUCAUGUGACAAUGGACGCUGCAUAACUAAAGUGGAGUGCACAACUGACGAUCAAUGUUCCCUCGGCAAAGUCUGCGAAACAAACCGUUGCUUUGAUGGUUGUCGUGGAGACCAGAACUGCCCCAUCAACCAGGGUUGUUACCAGGGCCAGUGCAAGAACCCGUGCACCAUCCGCGGUGCCUGUGGGGUUCACGCCGACUGCACGCCAGAGCACCACCGCCCGCACUGCUUCUGCCCCGCCGGCUUCAACGGGAACCCGCAGUUUGAGUGCAAGAAGAACCCAGACUGUGUUGCGAACGAAGAGUGUUUGCCUGGAUACAUAUGUGUUCAUGGCCAAUGCACACCGGGCGACUUCUGUGCCUCUGACAACGAUUGCAACCGGGGGGAGAUUUGUGACAACACCAGAUGUAUUGCUGGGUGCCGCACACACAGCGACUGCGACUUCUUCCUGGAGUGCCACGACCGCAUCUGCCAGGACCCCUGCCGCUCAGGCGUCUGCGGGGCCAACGCACACUGCCAGGCCAUCAGCCACACUGCCGAGUGCCGCUGCCCUCCCAACUUCCAGGGAGACCCCAAGGUUCACUGCCGAGAAGUUUCGGUGGAAUGCCACACCGAUUCUGACUGUGGACUGGAGAAGAUCUGCAUCAGCAGCCGCUGCAUCGUGGGCUGCAGGGUGGACGAACACUGCCCAUACGACAAGGCGUGCGCUGAGGGCAGUUGCCGCAACCCGUGCUCCCUGCGGGGCAGCUGCGGGGUCAACGCCCUGUGCCGCCCCCACGACCACCGGGCCACGUGCACAUGUCCCCGAGACAAGAUCGGCGACCCCAAAGUACGCUGCACGACGCCCUCCACCGAGGUGGUCACCACCGAGUGUAGCACCGACGAGCCCUGCCCGGCCGGAUUCGUCUGCCGCCACAGCGUCUGCAUCGUUGAUGGCUGCCUAUCCGAUUCCGCCUGCAACCCAGGAGAGAUCUGCGAAAGACGGAAAUGCACCCCUGGAUGUCGCAGCGACGCGGACUGCACCUUUGACAAGGCCUGCAUCAACACCCAGUGCACCAACCCGUGCCACAUCCAGAACUCGUGCGGGCAGAACGCUGACUGCCGGCCCGUGGUGCACCGACCGCUGUGCACCUGCCGGUCGGGCUACGAGGGGAACCCCUACGACUACUGCAGCAGAGUUGAGGUGAAGCCCGCUCCUGAGUGCAUCCAUGACCGUGACUGCUAUGUUGGCAAGAUCUGUGAGUCUCACGUCUGUGUUGAGGGCUGUCGCAGCGAUGGCAACUGCCCCUUCGACCAGGCCUGCAUCAGUCGUCAGUGCCAGAAUCCCUGCAACUACGGCCACUGCGGCAAGAAUGCCAAGUGCCUUCCCAUCAGCCACAAGCCCAUCUGCACCUGUCCUUCGGGACUCAGCGGGGAUCCCAACAUCGAGUGCAUCAUCCCCCGCCAAGACUAUUGCUACCACGACAGUGACUGCCCCAUCGGGCGCAUCUGCGAGAAGGGCUCCUGCGUGGAUGCCUGCCGCACGGACGACGCCUGUCCCUUCGACAAGGCGUGCAUCCGCAACCGCUGCCAGAACCCCUGCAGUUUUCCGGGCGUGUGCGGCAUCAAUGCGGAUUGCCGCCCCGCGAACCACCGCCUUGUCUGCAUAUGUUUGCCCGGGCUAACUGGAAACCCCGACGUUCACUGUGCUGAAGUAAGGGAAGAAGGAUGCAAGAGGGACAGCGAAUGCACCUUUGGCCAGAUUUGCGAAAACCACCUCUGCAUUGAUGGCUGUCGGACGGACGAUCAGUGCCUGCCGAGCGAGUCUUGUCACCGCGGGAAGUGUCAGAACCUGUGCAAACUGCCUGGGACGUGCGGCAUCAACGCUCUCUGCAUCACUGCCGCUCACCGGCCUGUCUGCUCUUGCGAGCGAGGUUUCAUCGGAGAUCCCAGGAUCGAGUGCAGACCAGUGCCACCCGAACCACCAAAGGAGUGCCAGAUUGACACCGACUGUGCCCUGAGGCACGUCUGUGAGAGCUACAAGUGCAUCUUCGGCUGUAGGACGGACGAGCGGUGCACGUCGGACGAGGCGUGUGUCAACGGCAUCUGCCAGAACCCGUGCGGCGUGUUCGGCGCCUGUGGCCGUAACGCCCUGUGCCGUCCCAUCAACCACCACACGGACUGUUCUUGUCUGCCUGGACACCGUGGCAACCCCAACGUUGUGUGCGUCAAGGAUGAGCCGAAGCCCGAGUGUACGAGAGACAGCGAAUGCCUGACCGGAUUCAUCUGUGACAACAACCGCUGCAUAGAGGGCUGUCGCCAUGACAACAACUGUCCCGACGAGAAGGCCUGCGUCAACGGCCAGUGCCAGUACGUCUGCAGCCUGCCCAACAUCUGCGGCCUCAACGCCGAAUGCCAGCCCCGGAACCACCGUGCCCUGUGUUCCUGCCCCUCAGGCUUCCAGGGUGAUGCCCAGAUUGAGUGCAAAGAGAUACGGGAGCCAGGCCCCUGCUUCCAUGACACCGAUUGUGCAGUCGGGAACAUUUGCAACCAAGGAAACUGCAUACCGGGCUGUCGUAACAACGAGAACUGUCCCUUCCUGGAGGUGUGCCUGCGCAACGUGUGUCAAGACCCCUGCAAGGUGUACGGCGCAUGUGGCAUCAACGCCGUGUGCAAGGCCAUCAACCACGACCGGGUCUGUGCCUGCCUGCCAGACCACACCGGGGAUCCCAAGCACCACUGUGUUAAGGUUCAACCGCCACCCGAAUGCAACAGGGACGACGAGUGUCCUUAUGGCCGCAUCUGCGAACAGCACAAGUGCAUCGUUGGCUGCCGGUCAGACGCCAACUGUCCAUCAGACCUGGCUUGUAUUCAGAACUGGUGCCAGAACCCGUGUCACCGAAGUGGGAUCUGUGGCCGCGACGCUUUCUGCUCUCCCGUUAACCACCGGGAGCUCUGUUCUUGUGAGCACGGCUUCACCGGAGACCCCAACAUUGCCUGCGACAAAGUUCCCGAUGGCUCCUGCAGGAGAGACGAGGAGUGUGGCUUCGGCGCAAUCUGCAUCUCAUCCAGAUGUGUUGAGGGCUGCCGCAGUGACGACAACUGCUUCUUCGACAAGGUCUGCAUCAACGGCCACUGCCAGGACCCUUGCAGCCUGGGCGGGGUGUGCGGCAUCAACACCCAGUGCCGCGCACACCACCACCAGGCCUCCUGCGAGUGCCUCCCCGGCUACACUGGCAACCCCGCUGAUCGCUGCAGCCUGGUUCCCUUGCCCGAGUGCACGGAAGACCGCCACUGCGGCACGGGAUAUGUGUGCGUCAACGAGAAGUGCAAAGACAUCAACGAGUGCCUGCAUGGCCUGGGCCCGUGCGCCCACGGUGCCACCUGCAGCAACCUGCCGGGCAGCUACAAGUGCAGCUGCCCCAACAACCUGGUGGGCGACCCCUACCACGGGCGCUGCCGACAGCGCAUCCAGGGCUGCACCCGGGACACCGACUGCAAGGACAGCGAGGCCUGCAACACCCUCACCGAGCAGUGCUACGACGCUUGCCUAAAGCCCGGUGUCUGCGGUCGUGGUGCCGAAUGCCGUGGCGUGUAUCACCGCCCAGAGUGCUACUGCCCCAGUGGACUUCGUGGAAAUCCCAACGUGGAGUGCUCCAUUGCUCGACCUUGCAUCCAUCACCACGAGUGUCCAGGAAACCUUCAGUGCCUUGGAGAUCGCUGCGGCUGCCCGAAGCCUUUCCUGCAAAGGAACUAUUUCUGCAUUCUGACGAGCAUCAACUGCACCACGACCAAUCCCUGCGCGGAGAACCAGGAGUGCGUCUACGAGGGCGGUCAAGUGGGCUUCUGCGUCUGCCCCAAGGGAUUUGUUCUGAUGCCAAAUGGAAUCUGCAGGGAUAUCAACGAAUGCGAGCAACACCCGUUCCCGUGCGCGCACGGUGCUCAGUGCUACAACAACAUUGGCAGCUACCAGUGCACAUGCCCGCCAGGCACGUCGGGAGAGCCGUUCCAUCACGGAUGCGAACCUCCCAGAGGGGAAUGUACCAGAGACACCGACUGUGCGACCAACAAGGCUUGCGACGUAUAUCUGCUGAAAUGUUACGACCCGUGUCUCUCGGCCGACGCCUGCGGAGAGUAUGCGAGGUGCCGCGUCAUCAGCCACAGGCCGACGUGCGAGUGCCCGCCCGGAUAUUCGGGCAAUCCUCAAGUCUACUGCCACAAAUUGGUUGGCUGUCCGCACGAGUUCCAGUGUCCAGGAAACCUUCUCUGCUUGGACAACGGCUACUGCGGAUGCCCUUCGGUGUUCCACAGGAAAUACGACUACUGCAUUGCCACCAGCAGAAACUGUUCCACAACCAACCCGUGUGCCAUCAACGAGGAGUGUGUCUACACGGGCAGACAGACCGGCUUCUGCGUCUGUCCACGGGGCUACAGGUUGCAGCCAAAUGGCGUCUGCAGGGACAUUGACGAGUGCGUAGAACUGACCCCUCGGCCGUGCUCGAGAGGUGCCACCUGCAUCAACCUGCCCGGGACCUUUGAGUGCAAAUGCCCUCCGACGACGGACGGGGACCCUUACCACGGGGACUGCCUGCCCAGGGAAGUGCCCCCCAAACCCAGGUGCACCACGGACGACGACUGCCCUCUCCACGAAGCCUGUGACCUCUCAAAGCAAGACUGCUAUGACCCCUGCGUCCACGACCCCUGUGGGUUCGAAGCGGUGUGCCGUGUGGAGAACCACAAGACAGUCUGCGUCUGUCCGCCGAGCUACACGGGCAACCCGCUGAUCCGAUGUUUGAGAGUGGAAGUUUGCGGUGUGGACUACAACUGCCCGGGCAACCUCAUCUGCCUGUCGAGCAGCACCUGUGGCUGUCCUCCCAACUACGACCGUGUCGGAGAGUUCUGCAUCUUGACCAGCAGAAACUGCACAACGACCAACCCCUGCUCUCAGAACGAGGACUGCAUCUACGUCGGGCACCAGCAAGGCUUCUGCGUCUGUCCCCGAGGCUUUGAGCUGCAGCCUAACGGGGUGUGCAGAGACAUCAAUGAGUGCGUCACGAUCCAUAAUCCGUGCGCUCCGCACGCCAACUGCGUCAACCUGCCCGGCAGCUACGACUGUGUCUGCCCCCCCGGCACCGUGGGAGAUCCUUUCAUUCAUGGAUGCGAACACAUCGAGGAGAGCUGCAGAACGAACGACGACUGUGCUUUGGACAAGGAGUGCAACAGGCGUACACACCAGUGUGUUCCACCUUGCCACAUCUGUGGUCCCAGCUCCACGUGCACAGUCACCAACCAUGUUGCCAUUUGCGUGUGUCCCCCGGAUCUGAUUGGAGAUGCCUACGACAAGAUUCACGGAUGCUACCAUGGAGUUCCUCCACCUCCCAGGACGGUACCUCCAGUGCCAGACGUUCCUCCCGGCGGCCUUGAUGUGAUGUGCCUGGCGGACGGGGUGCAAGUGCUGGUACAGCUGGACAGCUUCAACGGGGUGAUCUACGUGAAAGGCCACAGCCAGGACCCCCAGUGCCGGCGCAUCGUGUCGAGCAGCGAGCGGGAAACGGUGGACUUCAAGGUGCUCUUCAACACGUGCGGCCUAGUGCACAUCAAUGGGGAGGCCUCCUUCAUUCUGGUCAUCCAGAAGCACCCCAAGCUGGUCACCUACCGGGCCCGAGCCUACCACAUCAAGUGCGUCUACAACACCGGCGAGAAGACUGUCACCCUCGGCUUCAACGUCAGCAUGAUCACGACAUCUGGCACCAUUGCCAAUACGGGUCCCCCGCCCACCUGCCAGAUGCAGAUCUGCACUGUGGAUGGCAAGGAGGUCAGCAGCGCCGAGAUCGGUGACGACCUCCUGCUGAAGGUCACGGUGCAGCCCCACGAAAUCUACGGUGGUUUCGCCCGCGGCUGCAUUGCCAAGACGAUGGACAACGAGGAAGAGACGCAGUACGAGGUGACCGAUGCCAACGGCUGCGCAACGGACCGCACCAUCUUCGACAACUGGGAGUACGACCCGGAGAACAAGGUGCUGAUGGCACGCUUCAACGCCUUCAAGUUCCCCAGCAGCAACAACCUGCGCUUCCAAUGCAACAUCCGCGUCUGCUUCGGCUCCUGCCCACCGGUCCACUGCGACGGCGUGGACGCGUUUGGGCGGAGAAGGCGUCGCCAGGCGCCAGGCACCAACCUCCAGCUGGGCAACUCGUUCCAAGAGGGUCAGCUCAGGGAGGAGAUAAUGGUGCAGUCCAACGCCAUCCUCACUUUUGAGAGGAAGGAAAACCAGGCCGCCCCCACCACCGAAGUGGGGCCGUCGAUCGAAGAAAUUGACAGCGUGUGCCUGCCCAAGCUGGGGCUCAUCAUCUCGCUGGUGAUCACCACGCUGCUGGCGCUGGUCGCGGUGGCCGUCGCCAUCUCGUGCUGGCUGAUGGCGUACCGGCGGCGCGCCAAGGCGGAGGGGCCGCUGCCCCACCCGCCCGACUUCCCUAACCCGCUGUACACGACGCCCGAACCGGUGGCCGAACCCUCACCGGACUACUACCAGUCGUCGGUGCCCCCCAGUCUACGGUAGGGCACGGCACGCCGACGGGAAACCCACCCUCUCCCCCCGCCUGGACGGAGAAACGUGCCUGCGGAAGAGAAAGAAGCAAGCCGAGUCAUUCUUCGCAACACUACCCUCACCCCGCCCUGCCCCCUCGAGUUGUUCGAGUCCCCCAUCCUCGCCCCCCCCCCCCCCACCCUACAACCGCCCCCGUGAGGAACUCUAUUCUUGUCGAGAUGGCAGCUACAAGAAGACCUGUGUGCAGGGACAAACUCCAGUUCACUUGGACGUCUUUUUCCUUUAUUUUUUUUGUAUGUCGUGUGGUCACGACGAUGGAGCUGAAGACGGACCCCGCGGCCACGGACGCCGCGCGCCCGUGCGACCGCCGCGUCGUCUGCUGGGGACGCCCGGAUUCUGCAGUAACUCAGUUUCACGGGGUGUCUGUGUGUUGCCUUUCUCUCUCUUUCUUUCCCCUUUCUCAUUGUCCCCCCCUAACAGCGGGUGCACCUUAACGCAGGAGAGGAGGAUCGUGGCGCCAUCCGUGUCAGGUUACUGAUGUGCCAAACGUCCUUUUCCGUCGUGUCGGUUCGUGUUGUUCAUUUUUUUUUUUUUGUCAGAUGACAAUGAUGGGCAGUUUCGCUUUGCUUUUAAUUUUUUUUUUAUCAUUUUUUUUAGUGGUUUUUAAUAUAAGGUGCUGGACAUCUUGUACGAACUGUAAUAUCUCAGAAUAUGCCUCGUAACUAUAUGUGCCCGUCCGAGCGGUCCGACGAAACCCACUACUGUAUGUUGCGCAUUAAUUUCCGGGCCCACGCCUCUUCCUUCGUGUGCGUUUCCCUUAGUUUUUCUUCUCUAGGUCUAGUAUGCAUGUUUCUUUUUGUCAAAUUCCACGAGUUGGUCGCAGCCGUGCGUCUGCGGCGCGACGUUUCGGCCUUCUUCCGUCUUCCCGAGACUCGCCUCGUCGUUUCGUCUUUGUGUCUGGGGUGAAACCGAGUUACUCAGGAGUCGCUGUCGUCAUGUGGGGAAAAAAGGGAAAUGGUGCUUCCUCGUUUCGAAGUGUAUUGUGGGGACAGGGUGACACACUUUGGUUCGCUUCUCUGGCGGCGCUGGCGCUUCGAAUGUCGUUUGCCUCCCCGCUCCCGAGCAAGACCGGCCAGUCGGGAAACGCCAGCAGAGAGAGUCGGUCCCUCUUUCCCUUCCCCAUUAGCCACUGGUCGGCCAUGCACUGCCAGGGGAGGCUGAAACCACAUUUGACGGCCUCACUGUUUGUUGCCACGCGUUUUUUUUUUUUUUUCGUGUCGUACGUUUUGAAGCGUAUUUUGUGUGUUUUAUUUAAAUAUUAAGGAUAUUAACAACUGCUGUUUCUUCUUAGGAGAAGAAAAACAAACACUGCUUUCUACCAAGAUUUUUUUUUUUUAAUGUAAAGAGAAAAACAAAAGGAAGAAGCAUUAUAGAGUAAAUGCUAUUUUGCUGUGAUAAUGGAGCCUGUACUUGUUUUUUUUUUUUUCUUCUUUCACUGUUUUCUGGAUAGUUUUUUGUUGCGGUACAGACUCUCCACUACUGCCAGCCUAGCAGAAGCCAACGGUAACUGUGCCACGUGUGAUGGACAAGGAAAAAAGGGGACCGGUCUCGGUGCCUCAAGGUCCCCUCGGCAGCUAUUUUUUGUGCAUUCAGUGGUGUCAGUUACCGUUUUUUUUUUUUUUUUUUCAGUUUAUUUGAGCGUGUCAUUUUUGAGGAAACGAAUGUUGGAGCGCCAAGAUCCGAAACGUUCACUUCCCACUUCGUCUGCUCUCGCCAAAAAUUUUAAACUCUGUUGCAAAAUUUUUUAGCUUUUGUAGCCUCCUUGCACAAUUUCAAAUUUUCCUAAUCAUAAAUGCAACAUAUGAUGAUUAUUCUCAUAACUUUAACGAGCAAAACUAUGCUAGAACCUUAGAGAGCUGGAACGUUUGUGGGCUGAACACUUCGCCUCUUGGUGUUCACGCUAAAAAUGUCUAGCUGGUCGAUUUUGACAUACCCGCCUAGUUUUUAUGCUGAGAUGCCUGCGCUUUGCAAAGCGGUGUCUCGAUGCUAUUAUUAACAACCUAAAACAGGUGUCAUGUUUUUUUCUCCGCAAUUCGCUUGACCAAGAUUAAAAUCGCUGUUUUCAACGUGCCCUAGGCAGUUGCUUUUCGACCUCGGUCUUGUAUGUAUUUCACUUCUCAACAAUAAAGCACAUAAGUGUUUCUUUUUUUUUU